UUGCUACGAAAACAUAUAAUGGGUAUUUUUUAAUCAAACAAAAACUAAUGUAUUAAACGCAAGUUUAUUAAUUAGUUAAGCUAAUCAUAAAAACUGUUUGAAAAUUUUGGAAUUAAAAAAUGUCAAAAAUCGUUAGUUUUGAUGAGAGAUAACUAGCAGGCACCGUUGUAUUUUAUGAAAUAGUUUUUAAAAAAAAAUACGCAUUUCAAACACUUUAACUUAGUUCUUUCAUUUCUAUUUUUUUAUUGAGCAAACGAGAACGUGUUUAAGAUAAUAUUUAAAAAAAAAAAAAGUCCUUUCCCUUUAAGAAAGUGAGAACUACUCGGGGGCGUGGUUUAUAUCUGACGUCACCGACUACAAGUAAACAGCAGCUCGGGUCUCCGCUCCAAGUUUUCUCGACAAAAAAGCUGCGAACAAACAGUCAGACUUUUCUUUGGGGUCAUUUUUUUGACAGAAUACCGUCUGUGACACCAGUUUAGGAGGCUCUGGUCCGGAGUGGAGCUCCUGUCGAACCGGCUCCCAGUUUUGACUCCUGCCGCUCACCAGCAGAGCUUCAGACCUGCAGACCUGGAUCAUGUCCUCCCCUGAGAUCGCCUCCCUGUCAUGGGGCCACAUGAAGGUCAAAGGUUGCUCCUCCAGCUAUAAGGACUGUAAGGUGUGGCCUGGAGGCAGCCGGGCUUGGGACUGGAGAGAGACCGGGACCAAUCAUCACCCAGGGGUUCAGCCUGCUGACCUGGAGGAGGUGCUGAAGAAAGGGGUGGAGCUACUGAUCAUCGGCAGAGGCAUGAGUGAAGCUCUGCAGGUUCCCUCCUCCACACUGGACUUCGUGAAGCAGAAUGGCGUGGACGUCCGGGUCUUUCAGACCGAGAAGGCCGUGGCUGAAUACAACAAGAUGGCAGUGCAGGGCGCCAAAGUGGGCGGAGUCUUCCACUCCACCUGCUGAGUCGCUUCUUCUGGACUGAUGAGGAGCAGCUCCAGAAUCUGGACAGAACCGUUUCUGGUUAUUGAGUCUCUGGUGGAAUGGUUCAGCUGCUGUGGACCCAGAACUUUCAGAAUUACGUUCUGGAGGACGGAACCACAUGAUGACGCCAAAAUAAACGUCUGAAAUUCA